CGGUUUUACCUUGUUAUAACAAGGAAAAAUAACAAGGAAAAAUAACAAGGAAAAAUUAUUUCAAGGUGCUCAGCUAUUACUUAGAAAAUAAUGAUGCGCAUGACUUAUUUGGAAAAAGGCUUUAUAAGGCAGUUCCUGUGGAACCGGUAACAGAAAGCUAGCGACGAUCUUCCGACUUGUAAGACCAAACAAAGCCGUUGAAAAGAACUUUCAAAAUAAUUCAUCAAAUGCAGGGUAAAAACAAUGCCAAAACGACGACAUAAUGGAGCAUUAUGUGAAAAAGAAAGGAGGUCGUCAAAUGAAUACACAGUUUGCUUGGAAGCAGCCGACAAACCUUUAGGCGCAUGCAGAGGUGUAGUUAGUAUAAAAUUAAGAGGCAAUGGCAAAGAGGGCUACGAAGAACAAUUAGCCGUGUCUAGUUUUCCUGACAACUUUGAAAGGGGUUUCAAAAACAUUUUCAACAUUAUUGAACCAAAGCUUGACGUUAUUGAUGAACUCGAGAUCCGAGGUGAUUCAAUGAUUGGUGAGAGGGGUUGGAAUAUUGACAGACUCACGGUAACCAAAAAGAACACUGGAGCCCAAUCAGUUUUUCCUGUAUUCACAAACAUAAAAAGCGACCAAACCUACAAAUUCAAUAUAAACGACGUAUCACUUCCACAACAGAGUUCAACUAAAAAGGAAAGAAAACGUGAACUUAAUGAAAUGCGAAAGCUCUAUGAACUGACAGAGAAAAGAUUGCCAGGCUGUCCUCCACUUGUAAAAAAGCUUCCACCAAAUGAAGUCUUCUCGGUUGCAUACAAAUUUGAAAUAGGUGGGAAAUUAGUAAAAUUAAAGCUGGAAGAAAAAUGGGAUGAGCUUAUAUCAGGAGAAUUUGAAUCCAUGGAAGAUAUAGAGGACGUAUUUGGGGUGUUCUUCCCAAAACCUUCAAACUUACAAAGGUGGCGGAAUGAUAAAUUAUUUGGAAUGCAGCGUCUGAUGGGUGUAAAUCCUGACGUUAUUCAUCUCUGCACGAAGAUUCCCUCAAAACUUCCCGUCAACAAUCAAAUGCUGAAGCCUUUUCUUGAAAUGAGUUUGGAGAAUGCCUUAACAAAGAAACGUAUCUUCAUAGUAGAUUAUGAGAUAAUGGAUGGUUUACCAACAAAGCCGGACUUUACCAUGACCAGUCCCAUUGCGCUUUUUUAUCAACAAAAUGAUGGUACUCUUAUACCGAUCGCUAUCCAACUAUUUCAGAAGCCAGGUGUCGAUAACCCUGUGUUUCUGCCGAGUGAUCCUGAAUAUACUUGGAUUCUAGCAAAGAUGUGGUUCAACGUCGCAGAUGCCAACUAUCACGAAUCCGUAACGCAUCUUGGAUUUACUCAUCUAAAGAUGGAGGGAAUCGUUGCGAUAACACACAGGCAAAUGUACAAAACACAUCCGAUCUAUAAGCUACUGAUGCCCCAUUUCCUUUACCUUAUUGCUAUCAACUGGACAGGGAUUCCAGAACUUAUUGGUGCCGAAGGAUAUGUUGUAAAACUGCUGAACAUUGGUAGAGAGGGGUUAUUGGAACUUAUCAAUCGAAAAAACAAAAACUGGCGAAUGGAUAUUGAAGGUACACUUCCAAAUGACAUGAAAGAACGCGGUUUGGAUGACACUUCUUGCUUGCCUGAUUUUUAUUAUCGAAACGAUGCGAUGGAGAUUUACAAUGCUAUUUUUGAAUACGUAAAAAAGUAUUUAGAUCUUUACUACACUACAGAUAAUGACGUUAUGACAGAUCAGGAACUUCAGCAAUGGAGAAAGGAAAUGGUUGCUCCUGUUGAUCAAAAAGGCCUUGGUAUGCUCGGUGUAUUUGGAAAUAAAGGUAAAUUUACUGAAAAGAGUCAGGUUUGCCUAACAUUAACGAGUAUCUUUUUUACUUGUAGUGUUAAACAUGCAGCUGUCAACUUCCGCCAGUAUGAAGAAUAUGCAUUCCCACCGAACUAUCCGCUGACUCUACGAGGGCUUCCACCCAAAACUAAAGAAAAUCUAAAACAGGAGGAUCUUCUCAAAUACCUUCCUCAAAAAGAGAAAACAUAUGACACAUUAGUCAUAACGGAUGUAUUGAGUACGUUCAUUACGCAUGCGCUUGGGGACUUCGAAGCCCAGUAUAUCACCGAUGAAAAAGCGCUCAGAAUUCUUGCUGAAUUUCGUAACGAUCUCGCAAACAUUGCAUAUCUCAACAAGAAGAGAAACAAUACGGACAGAAAAAUUGAAAAAUACUGGGCUUUAAAUCCAACGCGUGUCCCAAACUCUAUAUCAAUCUAACUGAAUUGCGAACUGACUGUCAAACGUCAUUAUAAAGUUUAUUAAUCAGAACAUUUGUUGUCAUGUAAAAUAUUACACUACUGAUGAAAGAAUCCUAUUAAAAAUCACGUGAACAAUGCCAAGACGUCUUCCAAAAACGUCAUUUGUAACAGUAUAUUGGAAAUAAUAAAUUGGACAAAUCCGGCGU